AUGGCAUCCUCCGAGGUGGACCAAAAGUUUCUCGGCAGGCUUGCAAAAGCUGUCGAACCCAGCAAUGCGCUUCUGAGCUCGAUGCUGUACAAAAUCCUUGGUCUUUCCAUAAACUUAUCAAAUCAUCUACUAAAGGCUCGAAAACAAAGACGCCUAGACACGACGCGUAUGACGCAGUCGCUCGAGCUCUACUUGCACAUAAUAUGGCUUUCGCGGGAAGGCCUCGUAAUGCUGGAGCAAUACGUUUUGCCCAUGGUGGGAAACUAUAUCGAGCUACGAGUGCUUGCAUAUAAGCUCCGCGCUUCUUUUUACCACAUCUUUGUCUUGUUCCAUAACAACCCACCCGUCUCGACCAUGACGCCCGAGGUCUUGACUGCGGCUGCACUUUCAACGUUGAGCUCAACACGACCAGACAAAGGCAAAGGUGUGGCCAGGGAUGACGACCUACCCGAGACAGCCAGGUCAUCCUUGCAACCUACUCAUAACCUCGAGGGCGGACCUGUUGGUCCUCCUCCCGGCUUUGGCCCACCGGCACCCGAAGCCAUUGCAUCCUUUCUCCUUCCCCACGUUGACUACUUACCAACAGCCCAUGGCUACUUUAAACAAGCUGUCGAGCUCGCUGACAAACACCUGUGGGGGUCUCAUUCCUUGCGGCUUUCUGUAAAGACUGAAUAUGCAGCCUUUCUAUACGAAUGCGUGCAUGAUGUUGAAGGAAGCCGCCGACUGGCCAAGAGGACAAUAGCCGAAGUCUACGACGCACAAGAGGGCAUGGACGACGACAUGUUCAACGAUGCAUGCGAACUUGUGACCGUUUUGGGCAAGAUGAUGAAACGGGGACUGGGGUCGGGCCACCCGUCGCGGAGUCGAGGUCCAAGCCCAGCACCCAUUGCCCCAUCUCGAUCCGACAGCGUGGCCACAGCAAUUCCUCCUGUUGGCAUGCAGAAUCCCAUUUGA